CUCACAUCCACAUCCAGGGAUCGGAGUAAUGGCGGCCGGUAAAUCCGGGCGCUGACACAGAAAGCCACUACGCCGUGCUGCCCAAGGGACGCGCCGUUUGUGUGUUUCGCCGACGCGGUGACAUUUUACUACGACACAGACAGUGAAAGGGAAUACAUUUGUGAAUUAGUCUCGCUACCCGGGGCUAUCUUUUACCAGGACUUUUCUUAUUUGGUAAAAAUGGAUGAACACCCCGGCGGCGGAGGAGGAGGAGGAGGAGGAGGAAUGGCCACCGCGAGACAGCAGCAGCAGUCGCCACAGCACGGUAAUAACAGCAGCGUUAACGCUCAUCUAGCUGGUGCUGGAGGCUCAGCGAUGGGGCAACAGCAGCAAGAUGAGGCGCCGAGGCCGCAGCAGUACACGAUCCCCGGGAUUUUACAUUACAUCCAGCACGAGUGGGCCCGCUUCGAGAUGGAGAGGGCGCACUGGGAAGUCGAGAGGGCCGAACUACAGGCUCGAAUAGCAUUCCUCCAGGGAGAGAGAAAGGGUCAAGAAAAUUUAAAGAAUGACCUGGUUAGAAGAAUAAAGAUGUUAGAAUAUGCAUUAAAACAAGAAAGAGCAAAAUACCAUAAAUUAAAAUACGGCACAGAACUCAAUCAAAGUGAAGUCAAAAUGCCCAGCUUUGAAUCAGAAGAUACCAAAGAUACAGAGGUGUCCAACGUACCACAGAACAGUCAGUUAACUUGGAAACAAGGCCGGCAACUGCUAAGACAAUAUCUUCAGGAAGUAGGUUACACAGACACAAUACUGGAUGUGCGGUCUCAGCGUGUGCGCUCUUUACUGGGGUUGUCUGGCUCAGAGCAGAAUGGUUCAGUGGAAACCAAGAACCUGGAGCAGAUCCUCAAUGGAGGAGAAUCUCCAGCCAAAAGGAAGGGGCAUGACAUGAAAAGACUCUUUGGCUUGUGUUACAGGAAUGCAGGAGACGUUCUGGAGACAUUUAACUUCUUAGAAAACGCUGAUGACAGCGAUGAAGAGGAGGACGAAGAGGGGGAUCUAAUGGAAGACAUGUCAAACAGGACUGAUAAACAAAGAGUAAAGAAGCAUAAAAUUAAAGUGGGAAAUGAGGGUUUAGCAUCAGACCUUCCAGACGAUGCAGACACAGAAGAAGCACUGAAGGAGUUUGAUUUCCUGGUGAAUGCAGAGGACGGUGAGGGUGCCGGCGAGGCUCGCAGUUCAGGAGAUGGUACAGAGUGGGCCGAACCACUGCCAUUUCCAUCGGGAGGUGGCAAGUCCUUUAUCAUGGGCUCGGAUGACGUUUUGGAAAGUGUGUUGGGCCUAGGGGACCUUGCUGACCUGACAGUGUCCAAUGAUGAUGCUGAUUAUGGCUAUGACCUUCCAGCCAAUAAGGAUGCAUUCAGAAAGACAUGGAAUCCGAAGUAUACCCUCCGCAGUCACUUUGAUGGAGUGCGUGCUCUGGCCUUCCAUCCAGUGGAACCUGUACUGGUCACUGUCUCAGAAGACCACACCCUCAAAUUGUGGAACCUCCAGAAGACAGUUCCUGCCAAAAAAAGUGCCUCUUUUGAUGUGGAGCCCAUAUACACAUUCAGAGCACAUGUUGGGCCUGUGCUGUCACUGGCUGUUGCUGCAAACGGAGAGCAGUGCUUCAGUGGUGGUAUUGAUUCAACAAUACAGUGGUGGAAUAUCCCCAGCUCUAACAUAGACCCUUAUGACACAUAUGAUCCCAGUGUUUUGGCUGGCUCUUUACUGGGCCACACUGAUGCAGUUUGGGGGCUGGCUUACAGCGGAAUUAAGAAUCGGCUGCUGUCCUGUUCUGCCGAUGGAACCAUCAAGUUGUGGAACCCUCAGGAGAAGUUGCCAUGCCUCUACACCUUUAACUCAGAGAGAGAGUAUGGCAUUCCCACAUCUGUGGAUUUCAAUGGUUGUGAUCCAGCAUAUAUGGUGGCCUCCUACAACACGGGCAGAGUUCUCAUCUAUGAUCUGGAGACCUCACAGUCUGUCAUAGAGUGCUCAGCACAGAAGGAGAGCACACUGCCUUUUGGGAACCACAUUAACAAAGUUGUGAGUCACCCCACACUGCCAGUGACGAUCACAGCUCAUGAAGACAGACAUAUCAAAUUCUAUGACAAUAAAUCAGGUAAAGUUAUCCAUUCAAUGGUGGCUCACUUGGAUGCUGUCACCAGUCUGGCAGUGGAUCCUAAUGGCAUCUACCUGAUGUCAGGAAGUCAUGACUGUUCAAUUCGGCUGUGGAACCUGGACAGCAAAACAUGUGUACAGGAAGUCACCUCUCACCGGAAGAAGUCGGAUGAGUCCAUAUACGACGUUGCCUUCCACCCUUCUAAAGCAUUCAUAGGGAGUGCUGGGGCAGAUGCCCUGGCCAAAGUAUUUGUAUAGAUCUCGAUUCACAAAUUCAGAGCAAACAUGCCCUCACAAUCAGACAGAGAGAGAAAGAUCUGACUGCUUCACUGCCAUUGUGACAAGAGUAGCAAUAGCUGCUAACGUUGAAUCAGCCUCUGAUAGCGCCUGCGUGAACAUGCCAGGGCUGAGCAGUGGACUGUUGGUUUGGUGAAGCUUGGGUGAAGUGCUCACUUAGUUUUAAUGUUUUUUCCCCUUCAAACUAGAAAUUGAGUAAAAAAAUGGUUAACUGUACCUAACUGUAAGUCAGAGCUGGAGUGACAUCAGUGUUUGUCUUUUUUUUUUUUUUUUUUUAUUGGGUAUAAAAUGAGGUAAUGACAUUGUAUUUUAGGUAUGUUUCAGUGACCAUGGAUGGGUAUAAUAUUCAUCAAAAGGUCAUCAGUGACCACAACGAGGACAAAGAUGCUGCACCAGAGGAAUUAAUCCCUCCUACUGCAUCAGGUGCAUGAGUUGUCCUCUUGACCUUAAUGUAGCGUUAUAUAUAAAUUAGGAAAGAAAAACAUGAUUCAACUCAAUUGCUUCACCUUUGCAUUAGCUUUGACAAUUUUGUGUAAAAAAUGAGUAUAGUUUUUAUAAUCCUUUUUUAUAUAAUUAAAGACUCUGGUAGCAGAUGACAUUUUUAAAAUAAAAAUGGGAGUGCUGUCCCAUUCAAGCCCUCCAUCUCAAUCCACCUUACAUCAUGGGAAGGCUUCAACACAUCUUGCCCUUCCCAGUGUUAUUAACUUUAUUUUAUUGCAUCAUGGAACAACAGUAGAAGCACACUUCCUCAGAGCUCUUUAGAUAUUUACACGUAAACAGCAGCAUCCUAUCACUAUGUGAUGGUUUUGUACAUCUUAAUGUAACUGAGUUUAUUUAUCACAGGUUAGACAACUGAACGCUUUAGGCUUCUUAUUUAUUUCACUGUUUUGGGUUAGUCUUAGCCUCUUUUGUAAAAAUUGAAAAUAAUUAUAAGAUUUGGCUCUUAAGAAAAUAGAAGAGCAAGCCAAAAAGAAAUGUUUUGCUCUUUUUAAAAUACAGUUUCACCCUAGGCUGUAGAUGAAGUUCAAAUUUAUUGCAUUUUUAUAAGUUAAGGGAUCUGGAUAUCUAGCACUGGGUGAAACACAGCUGAGUUGUUAUUCUGUCCCUACCAUUUAUCUUAUAAGCCAUUUUAUUUUUAAACCUAUGGUGUACCUAAAGACCUUUUGUUUGUCUAAUGCAUGGUUAAUACAAUAAAGUAUUUUUUCUAGUCUUCCCAAAAAGGUUCUGAUCAGUUUUGAUGAGUUUUGUAAGGUUUUUGAUUUCAAAUUAUGAAUUAGCAGGUUUUAAAGACUGUACCACAUAGCAAAAUUCACCUGUUGAGAAGUCAUGUAUAUAAAAUGUCUAUAAUAAAUAUUAAAUGGUGUACCUGUGUAUUGAA